GUAAUAAAGUCAAAACAUAUAUUAUGAGGAUGGAUGGAUGGAUGGAGUAGGGUUUUUGUUUAGGUAUUUGAGGCAGCAGUAAUUGUUGUCCUCACAAACAGCGUCUCCUCAUUCCCCUCUGCCGUCGGAGGCUAAUUCACAAGCAACCAACAAUGGCAUUCAUCAAAGUCCAGAAGACUAGGGCUUACUUUAAGCGUUUCCAGGUUAAAUUCAAGAGAAGGAGAGAGGGAAAGACUGACUACAGAGCCAGGAAUCGCUUGAUAAAUCAGGACAAAAACAAGUACAACACUCCAAAAUAUCGUUUUGUUGUCCGAUUUACUAAUAAGGACAUAAUUGCCCAAAUUGUGUCUGCUAGCAUAGCUGGUGACAUGAUUCUUGCCUCUGCAUAUGCUCGUGAGCUGCCUCAAUUUGGCCUUCAAGUUGGACUCACAAAUUAUGCUGCUGCAUACUGUACCGGACUUCUCUUGGCAAGACGAGUUCUCAAAAAGCAUGAAAUGGAUGAGGAGUAUCAAGGGAACCCUGAGGCCAGUGGAGAGGAUUACUCAGUUGAACUUGCUGAAAGCAGGAGGCCUUUCCGUGCCCUCUUGGAUGUUGGUCUUAUUAGAACUACUACUGGAAAUCGUGUGUUUGGUGCUCUCAAGGGUGCAUUGGAUGGUGGACUUGAUAUUCCUCAUGGUGCGAAGAGGUUUGCUGGAUUCAGCAAAGAUUCCAAGCAACUUGAUGCUGAUGUUCACCGCAAGUAUAUAUAUGGUGGCCAUGUUGCAACAUAUAUGAAGACUUUGAUCGAAGAUGAACCUGAGAAGUAUCACUCUCACUUUAGUGGGUACAUUAAGCGGGGUCUUGAGGCUGAUAAUCUUGAAGAGAUGUACAAGAAGGUUCAUGCUGCCAUACGUGCCGAACCAAGCCCAAAGAAAUCUGAGAAGCAGCCUCCCAAGAAGCACAAGAGGUACAAUCUGAAGAAGCUGACUUACGAGGAAAGAAAGGCUAAGUUGAUUGAAAGACUGAAUGCUUUGAAUUCAGCUGCUGGAAAUGAUGAGGAUGAGGAUGAUGAUGAGUGAAGACACUAGAAUUAUGAAAUUUUGGUGCUUAAUAGUUUUGUGAUAUUGUCGUUUCUUCCUAGGCAGAAAUCUCAGUUCUGUAUGCUUUAGUACAAUUUUUCUUGCUAUAUGACAAUGUAGGAGGUUAGAUUUGCAAGUGUGCACAAAUCCCAUCAAGCACACGCAUGAAUAGCAAUCAGUAAUUUUGGAACCUUACUCAUCUCUCUGGAUCUACAAAUGCAGUGUGAAAUGUUUUUUUUUUUAUUCUUUUGGUUUUUAUGAAGAAAUGAUUGGUUUCUUUAUGG